UCCCAUCUCUGGGGCUGGGGAACACUUGGAGAUGUCACUUAGGGCUGAGUGAGGGCAGGGACAGAUCUAUGGCCACCGCUGCACCUGGUGCUGUGGCUGCAAUGCAACCUUGGGCCUGGGCAAGCCCCAGAGGUGCACUGGGGGGCUCUGUGCCUCCGCCUCGGCUGCUGGGAGGGGCGCAACCCGCCUCGGUGGGCUCAGUGCUGGAGGCCUUGGGGACACAGCGUUUGGCAGCCAGCCCAAAGGAAAGCAGCCUCGUUGUUUUCUGAACAGGAGUGACUUUGCUUCCGCCACGCUGGCAGCACUUCCUUCCCCCAGAGCUCACACUGGUGACAUUUUCGUUCUUCCCAGGAGAACUGCUGCAACUGCUGUGGCCGCCCAGGACCGGCCCAGCCUCUUUCACUUCACCCACGUCCCACACCUCGCACCACUGACAGCUGGAGCAGUGGUUCUGCUGCUGGACACGUGCAGGUGCUAUGAGGGAUGCGCUGCCGGAAGCGCACGCUGCUGGGGCUGGCCCUGUGCCUGCCGCUCGGUCUGUGGCUGUUGUUCCGGGCCUCCGUGUCCGGCCUAGGCCUCUCUCCGUCCCUCCCCACCGUCAGCUGCACCGCCAGCUUCAACGCCUCCGCCUGGUUCAGCGCGCGCUACGAUGCGGCUGUGGGGCCUCUGCUGAGCGGCCCGGCCCACGAGCUCUCCCCGGACGUGGUUCACUGGUGGCUGACUCUGCAGGGCCCCUCCAGCAUCGCCCCGCUCCAGGCCAUCAUCCGGAAGCUCUUUGCUGUCCUCCCGGCCCCCAAUGGCAGCGUGUGGGACCCGUCACGCUGCAGGACGUGUGCCGUGGUGGGCAACUCGGGGCGGCUGAAGGGGUCCCGCCAUGGCCCGCAGAUUGAUGCCCACCACUGGGUGCUGAGGAUGAACAGAGCUAAGACAGCGGGCUUUGAGGUGGAUGUCGGUGCGAGGACAACCCAUCACUUCAUGUACCCCGAGAGUGCGAUGAACCUCUGGCCUGGUGUCCACCUUGUCCUCGUCCCCUUUAAGCCACUGGAUCUCAAGUGGGUGACCAGCGCCUUCUCCACAGGAGAGCUCACACACACCUACACAAGAGUGAAGCAGUUCAUCAAAGCUGACAGAAACAAGGUGCUGAUCCUGAGCCCAGCCUUCCUCAAGUACAUCCAUGAGAACUGGACGGAGCACCAUGGCAGGUACCCCUCCACCGGCUUCACAGCGCUGCUCUUCGCCUUGCACGUCUGCCAGCAGGUCUCCGUGUUUGGCUUUGGGGCCGACAGCAAAGGGAACUGGCAUCACUACUGGGAAGAAAACCGCUGGUCUGGAGCCUUCCGCAGAACAAGGGUCCACGAUGCUGAUGUCGAAUUCAGCCUCAUCCAGAGACUGGCAGCUGAAGGCAGAAUAUUAUUCUAUCAGUGACAUGCACUCAAGAAACGAGGCCAAGCCGUUAGCACAAGAACCGGCGGCUGCAGCAGCUCUUUAGCUUGCUUCUGCCCCUCGCUGGCUGGGGCAGCCUACGCUUGGUGUGUGCUGUGCUGGUCCCACCAGCUCAGCACGGCGGACAGCAGUGAGCAUGAAUGGCAGUAGAGCUCUGCUAAGCCUGAGAGAUACCUGCUGCAGGUCUUGGUCUUCUCCAGAGAGGACACAGAGGGGCAGGAGGGGGGCAAACCCCGUGCUUUCAGAGCCCUCAGUUCAGGUGCUACACAGCAGAGCGGCUGUAACUGGAUGGUGCACACACAGCCAAGUGCCAGUGCAGCUCUCAGGGGAUGGAGCUGAGAUGUCCACCCUCUGAUGGCACAUGGAGAGAUUCUUUGGGCAGGCGGAGAGUCUUAACAGAACUAAGGAAUAUAUUUUUAUAUUGCACCAAAGGAGAGUAAGAAACGAGAAAAUGAAGCGCGCUAAGUCCGAACGCAGCAGAAAUGAGUACAGCUGAAAUGAUAUGUUGAAUAAACUUUGACAGCACAUAAA